AUGGCGGUCUCCGGAGAUUGCGCUACGGGUGCGGGUGCGGAGGCGACACGCCUUAGAAUCUCCGCGCACUCCCCGCAACAGGCGCAACCCGCGCAAUCUCCGCAAUCCGAGAUCGUUCCUGUCGGGGACGCGGGGAGCGGCGCGCAGGCGCAAGCGCAAGCGCAAGCGCUAGAUCCGGCGGAGAAGCGGCUUCUGGAGCUGGGGUACCGACAGGAGCUGAAGCGACGCCUGGGCUGGCUGGAGAUAUUCGGAGUGUCAGUAGCGGUGAUGAACCCAUACAUGACGGCUGUGCCCUUCUUUGGCUUCGCGCUGCUGCAAGCCGGCCCUGUGGGCGUGGUGUGGCCCUGGGUCGUCCUCGCGCCCUUCGCCCUCUGCAUGGUGCUUGUUAUUGCCGAAGUCUGCUCCUCGCUUCCUACAUCAGGCUCGCUGUAUUUCUGGGCGGCCAGCCUGUCGCCGCCGCGGUGGAAGCCACUGGUGGCGUGGGUGACGGUGUGGCUCGAGGUGAUCGCUCUCUCUGUCUGUGCCAGCAGCAUCGCCUUCCCAGCGGCGCAGCUGGUGCAGAUGGUGGUGCACCACAUGGCGGGUAGCGAGGACGUCUCCUCCACGGCCUUCUUCUUCGCUCUCUACUGCGGUCUGCUGCUCUCCUGGGCGUUCCUCAACUCGCUCUCCCUCACCUGCAUCUCGCGCCUCCUCGAUGGAUACGUCUACUUCGUUGUAGCAUACACUAUUGUUAUCUUAAUAGUGCUGCCAACAGUAGCAGUGGAGCUGAAGCCAGCCUCUUUCAUCUUCCUCGAGUACCAAUCAGGCUGCGCCGUCACAGGCGUGUGCGCCGUGCUCCCCUCGCUCAUCCUCGCCGGCCUGCUGCCGCACUUCUCCUUCUACGGAUUUGAUUCUGCCGCCCACGUCACGGAAGAGACGAAGAACUCUGACGUGUCGGGCCCGCGGGCGAUUCUGGGGUCGUUUCUGGUGCAGGUGCUGUUUGGAUUCGCCAUCCUCGUCACCUUCACCGCCUGCAUCCAGGGCGACUACCACACUCUUUACGUCGCUGGCUGCAACUCCUUCAUGGACCCCGUCGUGCACCUCUUCAUAUCCGUCUUCACCAUUCGUUUCGGCUCCGCCACCGGAGCCUACGUCCUCCUCCUCCUCAUGGUCCUCCAUUUCUACGCCGCCGGCUUCGGGGUCACACUCGCUUCCUCGCGGGCUAUCUAUGCGGCGAGCAGGGAUGGCGCCAUGCCGUGGUCGCGCGUGUGGAGGACGCUGUCGAGGCGCAACCGCAUUCCUGUCAGGGCCAUCUGGCUCUCCACCCUCAUCGCUGUCGUUUUCGGCAUCCCCAGCUUCUUCUCCCCAACAUUCUUUGGAACAGUGGCAGCGGUGACGUCAGCAGCAUGGUUGGGAACGUACGGCAUCGUUGUCUUCUUCCGCCUCAUCAUCCCUCCGCACCACUUCAAACCUGGCCCUUUCUCCCUCGGCCGCUGCGCGCGCCCGCUGUGCGUCGUGGCGCUGGGGUAUAUAGUGUACACCAUUGGGGUAUUCAUGGUCCCCAUCUUCUAUCCUAUCACGUGGGAGACUUUCAACUACGCCCCCAUUGGUGAGUUUGUGCCUUCGCUUCCCUUUCACAUGCAGCUUGUGAGUGGGUGCCUUAGCAUGUCGUCAUGCCAGCAUUUGUGGAACCCUUGA